CCCCCAUUCCCCAAUUUCAACGACAUUCGGUUUCAGUUCUCGUCAUCAACAUCAUCGUCCUCAGGAGCACUCAAUGACGUUUCGCCAUGUGGGCCUUUUGAUCACGAUACUCUAUGGUUUAUCAUAUCUUUGGCGAUAUGAAUCUUGUCAUCGCAUCUCUUGGCAGGAGGAAAUGUGCUUGUGUUCCCAUGGAGAUGGAGUGAGCAAACGCCGUUCAUCUCUCGACGGGCUUCAUCUGAGGCAUCCAUUCUUGCUUGAUACUGUCGUCUCCGCUUUUACAAAUGAGAACCCAUAUGUCUUCUACCUUGCAACAGUAAGCAAGUCUCUUAUGGCAUUGAACUCUCAGAAAGGUGUCCAAAGCGGAAAAACAGAUGCUGUCAAGUUGAUGGAAAAAUGGAUUACGAAGUCAACGUCUUCUGCUCUCUUCUCGGAAGGGGCUGUUGCAAGCGAAAUCUCUCUCGAUUUCCGAGCCCCUCCAGACGGACGGGAAUGACUGGGUGCCCCUCGGCUUAUCGUUAUCUUUCUUGAGUCGGGAGAUGAAACCUCGAUGAAGGAAGGAGCGGCCCAUGAGCCCCGCCUCGCGUCGAGUUCUCGAGGCUGCGAACUACUACCAAACCAAAGGGAAGCCCAGACGCGUUUGAAGAAGCGAAGGCCUGUUUUUUUUCCUUGUGGCUCGCCGAAAGA